AAUCAGAGAGUGGUUUAUGUCUGAUUGAACUCAUUUCAACCAAACAACUAACGCCGUUUCAUCUCCCACCCUCUCACAACAACAAACCAAAACCUCGUUCGUUGAUUCAUCAAAACCGCUUCUGUUACUGUUUUUCUCUCUGUAACCGUUUUCACCAAUUUUCAUUAUUGCUUCUUCUCGCUAGCUAGCUACUACUACUACUUGUGCUGGUUUUUUCACGUUACAACAAAACAAAACCAUUCAUGUUCUUAUUCUUCUCUUGAUUCUGAUUCUAAUUCUCAGUUUCUGUCAAGAACAACAAGAUCUCGUUAUUAUUCUUGAUAUUCUCUUUUGUUGUUGUUGAAACAAAGAGGAUUUUAAUUGGUUCUUAGAACGUGUUUCUGUUUUUGUCUUUUUGAUUUUUGAUUUUGUUGUUGACUUGUGUUGAUUAUGAUGUUGAAUCAUGGGUCAAAUGUUUCGGCUGAAGUGAGUGGUUGUUCAGAUGAAGAACUAUGGAAGACAAUUGCAGGACAAUUGGUGGAUGUUCCUUGUGUUGGUCAAAGGGUUUUCUAUUUUCCUCAAGGACACAUGGAACAAUUAGAGGCUUCGACGAAUCAGGAACUGAAUCAGAGGAGUCCUUUGUUGAAACUUCCUACAAAGAUCCUUUGUCGCAUCGUGAAUAUCCAUUUACUGGCUGAACAAGAAACCGAUGAAGUUUACGCGCAGAUAACUUUGGUGCCGGAAUCUAAUCAAGAGGAGCCUACAGUCCCUGAUCCGUGUGCCGAUGAACCUCCGAGACCGAAAAUUCACUCGUUCUGCAAGAUCUUAACCGCUUCGGAUACUAGCACCCACGGUGGCUUCUCUGUUCUGAGAAAACAUGCAACGGAAUGCCUUCCUCCUUUGGACAUGUCUCAACCAACACCAACUCAAGAAUUGGUUGCCAAGGAUCUUCAUGGUUAUGAAUGGCGUUUUAAGCAUAUAUUUAGAGGUCAGCCGCGCAGACACCUUCUCACAACUGGAUGGAGUACAUUUGUGACUUCGAAACGAUUAGUCGCUGGAGAUACCUUCGUGUUUUUGAGAGGGGAAAACGGGGAAUUACGCGUUGGAGUAAGGCGUCUUGCUCGUCAAUCAAGUAGUAUGCCAUCGUCUGUGAUUUCUAGCCAAAGCAUGCAUCUAGGAGUUCUUGCAACUGCCUCCCAUGCCGUUGCAACUCAGACUCUUUUCGUUGUAUAUUAUAAGCCGAGGACGAGCCAGUUCAUUGUAAGCGUGAACAAGUACUUGUCAGGUAUCAAUAAUAAGUUUGCUGUCGGCAUGCGGUUCAAGAUGAGGUUUGAGAGUGAUGAUUCUGCCGAGUCCGACAAAAGAUUCUCUGGUACCAUAGUUGGAGUCGAAGAUAUCUCUCCCCAUUGGGAAAACUCAAAAUGGCGAUCGCUCAAGGUUCAAUGGGAUGAACCUGCGGCUAUUCCAAGACCCGAUAGGGUUUCACCAUGGGACAUAGAACCGUUUGUUUCUUCAGCUUCGACACCGACUGUUCAACCUACAGCUCCAAAGACGAAGCGGCCUCGACCAACCAAUGAAACUCCUGACGUUGACACAACAUCAGCCGCGUCUAUUUUCUGGGAUGCUAGGAUGACACAAACUGAUAUGACACAACGUAGCGUUUUAGCCGAAAGCAAAAAAGGCGAUAAUAAUACUAGUAUGUGGCAUCAUAAGCAAACCGAUAUGAUGAAUACUAAAAAUAGCAACAACAACAACGCUUUAUUGAGGAAUCAUACAGAAGGAAGUUGGCUAUCGUCUCCACGUUCCACCUGUCCUUCUCAUUUGCAUCACGACACAACCGAUGAUAGCAAGACUCUCCCAACCUGGCCUGUUUCGCAGUCUCAAUCAUCUAUACCGAACGCUGAUCAUGUGCUUGAUCAAGUUGAUAAAGACAACAAAGUCGAGACAGCUACGGGUUGUCGAUUGUUUGGAGUAGAACUUAUUGAUCAUUCAAAAAACUCGGCUGCUGUAGGUAAAACAUCUUCACAUGCAGUAAAUGUAACCGGAGCAACCGCGGAAGUUAGUUCCAGCACCAUGUCCAGCACCGAUACUGGUCGUAAGUCCGACAUCUCAAAGGCUUAUACGGAGCGGAAACAAGAAUCGCAACAAGUAUCGGCAAAGGAGACUCAGAGCAAGCAAAUCUGUAGUAGAAGUCGCACCAAGGUUCAAAUGCAGGGUGUUGCAGUUGGUCGAGCGGUGGAUUUAGCAAUGUUGAACGGGUACGAUCAACUUAUCGGUGAAUUAGAAGAGUUGUUCGACAUAAAGGGACAGCUUCAACACAGAAACAAGUGGGAAAUCGUCUUCACCGACGACGAAGGAGACAUGAUGCUUGUCGGAGACGAUCCAUGGCCUGAAUUCUGUAACAUGGUAAAAAGAAUCUUCAUUUGUUCAAGCCAAGAUGUGAAGAAGAUGAAAUCCGGAAGCAAGUUACCAAUCUCUUCCUCGAUCGAAGAAGGGACCGUAAUAAGCUCAGACACAACCGAACGAUGAAACAUCGACAUCAUUUUCUCGUCCUUUUCACCUUUUUCUUUGUUUCUCAGCACCAAACUGUUGAUGUUAUUGUUGAAGUUAGUUUCAUUUUUUAGCUAGGUGAGUUUUUCAUGUUGUUAUUAUUUAGAUGUGAAACACUAGCUAAUUUUACAACUUAAUUUGUAGAAAACACAAGCAUUAAUCAUGGUAGGAAAAAAAAACCAAAAUAGUUUUUUUUUUUUUUUUACUUUUAAUAAAUUUGUUGAUAUGGAAA